AUGGUACAAAACGCCCAGGUCCUUCAGACCAUAAAUGAUGCACAAGCUUUAAUUUAUGAUUCAUUAGUUAAACCAUAUUCAGCCCGACUUUUAAAUGAAGAUCAACUUUUGGAAUUCAUCCUUCAACAUAAACUCGAAGCGGGAAAGUAUAUCAAACCUUUAUAUACAGCAUAUUUAAAACAAAUGAAUAGAAUACAUCCAGAAUUAAUGAAGGAAGGAAUGAAAUCCAAAAUCAAAGCAGAUAAAAUUAAACCACUUGCAACACCAAAACCUCCAACGACAGUAGUACCUCCUCCUUCAGUUAAUCCUUCAUCAUUCACUUUAUUAUAUCCAUUUCAAACAUUAAAGAAGCAAAAAGAUUUUAAAAAGGAUUUCAAGAUAUUAAAUAAACCAAUUGACCCAAAAAUUCAACCGUUAAAGGAAAAAUUUAGUCGCCCUUCAUUUGCACUAUAUCCAUAUUCAUACGAAAUCGAUCAUCUGGAAUAUUCAAAAGGAAACGUUACUUAUUUAUUUGCCAUUAACAUUAACACUAGAUAUUUAUAUUGCAUUCCGGUGAAAGGAAAACAGAACAGGAAACAAGAAGAGCUAUACAAUACUUACUAG